AUGGUCAAUUCGCCGUUUUCGGUGACUACGCCACUGUUCACCCAUUGCGCGACAUCCCGGUCCUAUGUCGACCCCCACACCUAUGAGGACCCCCAACAGGCGGUCAAGGAGUUCACCAAAGAGAUCGACGCCACCAAUAUCACCAUUGAGGCCAUCAUUGGCGGAGGAGAGUUUGGUGACGUAUGUCGAGGCAAACUCCGACUGCCCGGCCGACCAGAGAUGACUGUAGCCAUCAAGACAUUGAAACCGACAUCGGCUGAGAAACCGAGACUAGACUUCCUAACGGAGGCGUCCAUAAUGGGUCAGUUCGAUCACCCGAACGUCAUAUACCUUCAGGGAGUGGUCACCAAAAGCAACCCCAUUAUGAUAAUCACGGAAUUCAUGGAACAGGGAUCACUCGAUGCAUUCCUCAGGGCAAAUGAUGGCAAGUUUCAGCCAGUCCAGUUGGUCAGUAUGUUACGGGGCAUCGCAUCGGGAAUGCAAUACUUAGCGGAAAUGAACUACGUCCACCGGGACUUGGCGGCCAGGAAUGUAUUGGUGAACUCGACUCUGGUGUGUAAAAUAGCCGACUUUGGUCUGUCCCGCGAGAUCGAGAGUGCCACCGAAGGCGCCUACACUACUAGAGGCGGCAAAAUACCAGUGCGAUGGACGGCACCCGAAGCCAUAGCGUUCAGAAAGUUCACGUCCGCGUCGGACGUCUGGAGCUUCGGUAUUGUCUGCUGGGAAGUGAUGUCUUAUGGGGAGCGGCCGUAUUGGAACUGGUCUAACCAGGAUGUCAUCAAAGGCAUCGAGAAAGNGAAGUGA